AUGACGGACGGAGCAGGGGACAGAGAAGAGGUAAACCAGAGAGGGGAGAAGGGGGAAAUCAUGGAGCCGGGGGAGACCACAGAGGGACAAGGCACUAAUUUGGCACAAUCUGCCGCCUCCAAACUGUCCCAGGUGGGUGAAAGAACUAAACAACUGGGCAAUGUAAUCCAAGACCCAGAGCGGCAGAAACGGAUUAUUCUAGUAAUAGUCUGUACAGCACUUUUGUUAGACAACAUGCUUUACAUGGUAAUUGUGCCAAUUAUACCCGAUUACCUCGAAGGGCUACAGAACGCAGCGGAUCAAACCCAAGAUGUUGCACUGCACACCAACUCCACUAACAGCACCAUCCACAAAGUCACCAAAGGGAACUUCGACCUACAAAUAGGCGUUCUUUUUGCCUCCAAGGCCAUCCUGCAGCUCCUGGUGAACCCGCUAAGUGGCACGUUUAUAGACAGGGUCGGGUAUGAUAUCCCGCUCUUCAUCGGGCUCAAUGUCAUGUUUCUCUCCACUCUUAUAUUUGCCUUCGCCGAGAACUACGCGACUCUGUUCCUGGCGCGCAGCAUGCAGGGCCUCGGCUCGGCUUUCGCGGACACUUCAGGGAUCGCUCUGAUCGCCGACAAGUACACGGAGGAGGCAGAGAGGAGCAAAGCGCUGGGUAUUGCCUUGGCUUUCAUCUCUUUUGGAAGCCUUGUGGCGCCCCCCUUUGGAGGGGUCCUCUAUGAGUUCGCAGGGAAGCGGAUGCCCUUCCUGAUUCUGGCCUGUAUCUGUCUCAUUGAUGGUGUAUUGUGUUUGACUGUGCUGAAACCCUUCUCAAACCGAGAAAGAGAAAACAUGCCAGUGGGCACCCCCAUAUAUAAACUGAUGAUUGAUCCUUAUAUAGCUGUAGUGGCUGGUGCUCUGACUAUCUGUAACAUCCCUCUUGCCUUCCUUGAGCCCACUAUCGCCAACUGGAUGGAGGAAACCAUGCAUUCCAGCCAGUGGGAGAUCGGUAUGACAUGGUUCCCUGCCUUCUUCCCUCAUGUUUUAGGUGUAUACCUCACUGUCAAAUUAGCAGCCAAGUACCCUCACCUCCAGUGGUUUUAUGGGGCUAUAGGCAUGGUGUUCAUAGGCGCGAGCUCCUGCACAGUACCAGCCUGUAAAAACUUUGGGCAGCUCAUGAUCCCGCUGUGCGGAAUCUGCUUUGGCAUCGCCUUCGUGGACACGGCGCUCCUGCCAACACUGGGCUUCCUGGUGGAUGUGAGACAUGUGUCAGUGUAUGGCAGCGUGUACGCCAUCGCAGACAUCUCUUACUGCGUGGCCUACGCCCUGGGGCCCGUGGUGGCUGGACAGAUAGUGCACGACCUGGGCUUUGUUCAGCUCAACUUGGGCAUGGGCCUCGCCAAUGUACUUUACGCACCGGCGCUCCUUCUGCUGAAGAACGUGACACAGAUGAAGCCUUCUUUCUCCGAACGAAACAUGCUCCUGGAAGAUGGCCCAACGGGACUGUAUGAUACUAUUAAGAUGGAGCAACGAGAGAAGAAGAAAAAGGGUUUGUGUACAACGAUCGACGAGAAUGGCAUUGAGACCUUUGCGCAACGGUCCUAUUCAGAGGAGGAAUCCUCAGGAGGAGAGUACGCGUAA